AUGGACUAUUUGCUAUAGGUGAAAUAUAAAUAGUUUUUUGGAUAAUCAUAUCAAAAGAUGAUUAUUUUGAAAAUUCUUAAGAUAAACAAAUCUAUACUUUCCUCUAUUAAAAUUAGUUAUAAUCAAACAUUCUAUGAAGAACUCAAAUAAAUUUAAGAUUCAAUUGAAUAAAACGAUAGCAAAAAGAUACAAAAAUAUUAUACUAAUAAAUCUUAGAAAGACUAGACUGAACUAAGAUGA